AUGAGCAAUAAAACUUAACAGCAAAAUAAAGUUCAUGUAAAAAAAGGGGAACAGCCAUCUGAUACUGUAAGUUGCAUUAAAUGGCUUAAUUCAACAUUAUUUUUUGUUAGUACUUGGGCUUCUGAGAUAAUCGGAUAUUAAGUAGAAGAAAUGGAAGUAAAUAGAGUUUAUUAUAAGAAGCUAUAGCAUUUAGCUAUAUUAAAUAUUGAAAUAAAAUAAACAUAGAAUAGUGUAUUAAUAUGGUAUGCAAAUGAAAUAGGAGAAUUGUUUUAAAUAAGCACAAACGAAGAUGAUCCAAUCUCUUACUUAAUGGCAGAAUAUCCAAUUAUAUUUAUUUAAAAUAUUCAAAUGGGAUUGCUCUCAGUUGACAUGGCAGGAUAUAUAAGAAUAAACAAAACUAUUAUAAAUGAUUAAAUAACAAAACCAUCAAAUACAAAUUAAGCAUAAAAAAUCAAACUAACAAAGUAUUGUGGACUUUAAUUAAAUUAUGAUAAUUAAAACUAAUCUUUAAUAGGCUGUUCAGUUGACUUCCCAUUUAUUCUAUUAUAUGGAAUGAGUUAAAAUAUUUAUUUAAUUGAUUUAUAGUAAAAUGUAUUUGAUCUGAUAGAGCAUCCAUUCAAACAAGUUUAUGUAAGCUGUGGUUAAGUAAAAAAAAACUCAUUAUUAAAUGGAGAAAUUAUUUUAGGAACCUUCGAUGGUUUAAUUUGUAGGAUUAAAUUUGAAAAAUUUGGAGAUGACUUUUUCUUAUGGGAUAAAGACGAUACUAAAAAUAACUUGUUACACUUUACUAAAAGAGAAAUUCAGAUUUUAAAGAACUACAAUCAGUAGAGCCAAUCAGUUAGCAGUCAAAGAUAAAAUUUACCUAAUUCAUUGAAUGUAUAUACAUUUAGUGUAAACUCUAUUUAGGUUUUACCUUAAAACAGUAAAGGAAAAAGAAACUUUAUCAGUUGUGGAGGUGAUGGAAAGGUUAUUUUAUCAAAAAAGCCUUAUUCUUAAUUCAUAGAAAAUUAUAUACUACAAAGUGUAUCUUGCAUUAGCUUAAACUCAUAAGCCACUUUACUUGUGAUAGCUGUAGGAUAUGAUUGGCAUCAAGGCAAUAAACCACAAAAUUAUUGCCCAUUUAUUGAAAUAAUAAAAUUAAACAACAAUUUUAACAAUUGA